GGGAUUGAAGGAGGCGUUGGUGGAUACCCUCACCGGGAUCCUGUCCCCGGUGCAGGAGGUGCGGGCGGCUGCAGAGGAGCAGAUUAAGGUGCUGGAGGUGACAGAGGUAUAGCAUAAGCACUGUCCACCUGCGAAGGGCACCCCGAAAGGAUCCAGACGCACUCCUGGGCAUGUGGCGGGCACUGAACCGAGCGGAAGGCGGCCACGCUCGGAAAAAGGCCAGUGAAUUUGGUGUUCACCUGGCAGAGCUGACUGUAGAUCCUCAGGGGGCACUGGCCAUCCGUCAGCUGGCGUCAGUCAUCUUGAAACAGUAUGUGGAAACUCACUGGUGUGCCCAAUCAGAGAAGUUCAGACCUCCGGAAACUACAGAAAGGGCAAAAAUUGUUAUCCGAGAGCUAUUACCCAACGGGUUGAGAGAAUCAAUAAGCAAAGUGCGCUCCAGUGUGGCCUAUGCUGUGUCCGCCAUUGCCCACUGGGACUGGCCCGAAGCCUGGCCCCAGCUCUUCAACCUGCUUAUGGAGAUGUUGGUUAGCGGAGACUUAAAUGCUGUCCAUGGAGCCAUGCGUGUGUUGACAGAGUUUACUCGAGAAGUGACAGACACACAGAUGCCACUUGUUGCUCCCGUCAUUCUCCCAGAGAUGUAUAAGAUAUUCACCAUGGCCGAGGUGUAUGGUAUUCGAACGCGUUCCCGGGCGGUGGAGAUUUUUACUACUUGUGCUCAUAUGAUCUGUAACAUGGAGGAACUGGAAAAGGGUGCAGCCAAAGUCCUGAUCUUCCCCGUGGUGCAGCAGUUCACAGAGGCCUUUGUUCAGGCGCUGCAGAUGCCAGAUGGUCCCACAUCUGACAGUGGCUUUAAGAUGGAGGUUCUGAAGGCAGUGACAGCCUUGGUGAAAAACUUCCCGAAGCACAUGGUGUCCUCCAUGCAACAGAUCCUGCCCAUUGUCUGGAACACUCUGACUGAAAGCGCUGCCUUUUAUGUGAGGACAGAAGUGAAUUACACGGAAGAAGUGGAAGACCCUGUGGACUCUGACGGAGAAGUCCUGGGCUUUGAAAACCUCGUCUUUAGCAUUUUUGAAUUUGUCCAUGCCCUACUGGAAAACAGCAAAUUCAAAAGCACCGUUAAGAAAGCGUUGCCUGAGCUCAUUUACUAUAUCAUCCUGUACAUGCAGAUCACCGAGGAGCAGAUUAAGGUGUGGACGGCUAACCCACAGCAGUUUGUAGAAGACGAGGAUGACGACACGUUCUCCUACACUGUUAGAAUUGCAGCUCAGGACCUGUUGCUGGCUGUGGCCACAGAUUUCCAGAAUGAGAGUGCAGUGGCCCUGGCUACUGCAGCCACUCGGCACUUACAAGAAGCUGAGCAGACGAAAGCCAGUGGCACUGAGCACUGGUGGAAGAUCCACGAAGCCUGCAUGCUUGCUCUAGGCUCUGUGAAAUCUAUCAUCACUGAUAGUGUGAAAAAUGGCAGGAUCCAUUUUGAUAUGCAUGGGUUCCUGACCAACGUCAUUCUUGCAGACCUCAACCUGUCAGCAUCUCCUUUCCUCUUGGGCCGGGCACUGUGGGCUGCCAGUCGCUUCACUGUCGCUAUGUCCCCUGAACUGAUUCAGCAGUUCCUACAGGCAACAGUUAGUGGUCUUCAUGAGACACAGCCUCCGUCAGUUCGCAUCUCUGCCGUGAGAGCCAUCUGGGGUUAUUGUGAUCAGCUGAAAGUCUCAGAGAGUACGCAUGUGCUUCAGCCCUUCCUCCCCAGCAUCCUGGAUGGCCUAAUUCACCUAGCAGCCCAGUUCAGCUCCGAGGUCCUCAACCUGGUGAUGGAGACCCUGUGCAUCGUUUGUACUGUUGACCCAGAGUUCACAGCAAGUGUGGAAAGCAAAAUCUGCCCCUUCACCAUCGCCAUUUUCCUAAAGUACAGUAAUGACCCUGUCGUCGCCUCGCUGGCUCAGGACAUCUUCAAGGAACUGUCCCAGAUUGAAGCCUGCCAAGGUCCAAUGCAGAUGAGGCUGAUUCCCACUCUGGUCAGCAUAAUGCAGGCCCCAGCAGACAAGAUCCCUGCAGGGCUCUGUGCGACAGCCAUUGAUAUCUUGACUACAGUAGUUCGAAAUACAAAGCCUCCCCUUUCCCAGCUCCUCAUCUGUCAAGCUUUCCCUGCUGUGGCACAGUGCACCCUUCACACGGAUGAUAAUGCCACCAUGCAGAAUGGUGGUGAGUGCUUGCGGGCCUAUGUGUCAGUGACACUGGAACAGGUAGCCCAGUGGCAUGAUGAGCAAGGCCACAAUGGACUAUGGUACGUGAUGCAAGUAGUGAGCCAGCUCCUUGACCCACGAACCUCAGAGUUCACUGCAGCCUUUGUGGGCCGCCUGGUCUCCACCCUCAUCUCCAAGGCAGGGCGGGAGCUUGGGGAGAAUCUGGAUCAGAUUCUUCGUGCCAUCCUCAGUAAGAUGCAGCAGGCAGAGACACUCAGUGUCAUGCAGUCGCUCAUCAUGGUGUUUGCUCAUCUGGUGCACACUCAGCUGGAACCUCUGUUGGAGUUCCUGUGUAGCCUCCCAGGACCAACUGGGAAGCCUGCCCUGGAGUUUGUGAUGGCUGAGUGGACGAGUCGGCAGCACCUGUUCUAUGGACAGUAUGAAGGCAAAGUUAGCUCUGUGGCACUAUGUAAACUGCUUCAGCAUGGCAUCAAUGCAGAUGACAAGCGGCUACAAGAUAUUCGUGUGAAGGGAGAAGAAAUCUACAGCAUGGAUGAGGGCAUCCGCACCCGCUCUAAGUCAGCCAAAAACCCCGAGCGCUGGACAAACAUUCCUUUGUUGGUCAAGAUCCUAAAGCUGAUUAUCAAUGAGCUUUCCAACGUCAUGGAGGCCAACGCUGCUCGCCAGGCCACUCCGGCCGAGUGGAACCAAGAUGAUUCCAAUGAUAUGUGGGAGGACCAGGAGGAAGAGGAAGAGGAGGAAGAGGAUGGUUUAGCUGGCCAGCUUUUAUCUGACAUUCUUGCUACAAGUAAAUAUGAGGAGGAUUACUAUGAAGACGAUGAGGAAGAUGACCCCGAUGCCCUGAAGGACCCUCUCUAUCAGAUCGAUCUGCAGGCUUAUCUCACAGACUUCCUUUGCCAGUUUGCUCAGCAGCCCUGUUACAUAAUGUUUUCAUGCCACCUUAACGACACCGAGAGGCGGGUCCUACAGACCAUCGGCAUCUAACAAGGAGAGUCUUCUUCAGCCUGCGUGCUCCCUCCUGGCCCAGCCACAGACCAUUCUACAGUCCUCUCCAGCCUUGAGAUGCACUUUUUCUCAGCCUGGAGUGGCUUCUGGCCCUCAGCCUCGACAGUGACACUGACACUCAGCCCUUGUUUACCAGGGCUGGCAUUUUAAAAGCUAAAGCAAAGAACAUUUAUCAAAGUCCUGUGAAGAUACCCCAAAUCUGGAACUUUCUCCCCAGCUCUGACCCCCUUCAUUCCUAGCAUCCUCUGUUGGCCAGACCAGAAACAUUGACCCGGAUGUGGGUUCCUCAUUUUGCCCCACUUCAGGAGCACAGGAAGUUACUGCCAUUACUCUCAGAAACAUACCUGUUUGCUUUCAUAGGACAUCUGAGUGUUCAGAUAGGAACCCUUGGGAGGUCAUUGUGCUUUCUGCCCUCGGCCAGUGAUGCUCUCGGUUUUCAGUAAGAAGCUGGAGCAGCCACAUACUAAGCCAUUUCCAGUAACCUCACCUUCAUGCUUUCCUCAUGCAACACUAAGGGUCCUUUGUCAAAGGUUCCAUCUUCCCAUCUUUGCAUGACACAGCCCCUCCCCCAGGCUGUUCCUACACACACACACACACACACACACACACACACACACACACACAGCAAGCCAGAUGGAUGGCAACUUGUUUUGUUUUGUUUUGUGUUUUUUUUGUUUUUUAGGGAAAAAAAUCAGGAAAAAGAUUUUUAUUUCUAAAUCUGCCUGACCCAUCUAUAUUUAAUAUGCCUCUUCUGCACAUAACCACAGAGUCUGAUAUUCAAAGGUUAUCCCUCUCCCUCAGGAAUCCUCUAAAGUGGUUGAGUUGUAGCCCUCGAAUUUGCAACAUGUAUUUUUCUAGGACAGUAAAGCAAUCUUUACAAAUGAAUUUAGUCUGCAUACUCUAAGGUAUCUCAACACCUCUACCUUCUGUUUAUUCCCUCUAGAAGCAAAGUAAAAACAGAAAAAAGCAUAACAUAUUUUGGCAUCCUACUGUGAUUUGGCAAGCAACUCAGAAACCUUAGAGAACUGAUAUUUUUCAUCCAGAUAUGUUUAAGAGUCAGUGGUACAGCAUGUGGAUGGCCCUGAGUUCAGGCCCCAGUACUAAAACACAAGGGAGAUCCCUCAAUGGGUUUUCUUUGUAUUACGAAUUGAGAAUGGGUGAAGAUUAAGAGCAAUGUCCCCUUUGUCUGGUAGUGCCCAGGUCUGAUGUCCAUCUUUAGUAGCCAGAGCUAUGUCUUUGGGGUGAUGCGCUAACACAAAGGAAGGGAUGUAGUGGUAACUUGAGCAGAAGGGUCAGGGUGUAGCCUGCACGAGGCCUUUCUGGAGCCUAAGGACUUGGCAGUUUGUUGACUACACCACCUGAUGCCCUCAGUGCUCGGCCUGGAGUCAGGCACCAACUGUAAGAGCCUGGGAAAGUGUGUAGUUGUCUUCUGCCUGGCAGUGGGACCAGUAUGUCCUCUGCCCUUGCUGCUUUUCCUCCUGAAGUUGAAUUUCCUGAUAAGGAGAAAUGAUAGCAUACCUGCCUGGUGGUCCCCAGAGAACCACAGCAGGAGCUCUGGAACCUCAUUCCACAGUUGACCUCAAAGCCAACUGGAUUUGGUGCUAAAAACAGUAGACCAUUCCACAUGAUUUAGGCGUCCAGUGGUUUCAGCAUGUUAGACUGGUACCAGGUUAGAAGCAUUGGCCUGCUGAAUUUGAGGAAGCUUGGGGGCCCCAGUUCAUAUGCUGACAGUGACACAUAUCUAUUCUAAGCCUGCACGUUUGAACAGUUCCCAAUGUGUAGUGCCAGAAUUAGUCCAAAGGGCCCGUCCCGUCCUAGUGCUUCACUUGGUAGGAAGGCUAAGCUCCUGCCUCAGGGAAACUUGAAAAACAGGUUCCUAGGAAGCCAUCCUGGCCAACGUACAUAACUGAGUGGAGGUGGAGGGUCUUAUGCACCUUGAUGGACAGAUGCUUGUGUUUUCAGAGCAUUUGCCUCCUGGAACAGUGAAAUCUCCCAUCCUGCUGAGAGACUGUUCCCAAGAUCGAGGAGAAAGUUCUGUUGGUGACUUGGUGUGACAAAGUUGACCUCUGGCUCCUAUUUUGUCUCCUACGAAAGGCAACUUUACUUGGGAAAGGGGCGAGGCGGACUGUUGAAAGACUAAGAUCAGCAAGCUCGUGAGAGCGGUGUGGGCUCCCUGUGUGAAGGGUUUCCAGUUUGUGGGUGAAACACUGGAAAGCUAAAAAGCAGAUAAAAUUCCAAGAAAGGGAACUGUUCUGCAAGUCACUAAGAAGCAAAUGGUUCAAAAGCAGAUGAAUAUCUGUGGGGAAAGGGACGACCGGGGCUGAGGUGGCCAUUGUGAGCCAAAGAGCUAAAGUGGUAAGCUAAUGGAAACUAGCCUCUCCAACACACCCCGGAGAGGUAGAGUGAGCACUAAGUAGCCAAGCCGCAAGUCAACCCUCGGUGGAAGAAUCGGGCUGGGUCUUUGCUGUGGAGAUGAGGGGGCUUAUUCAUGCCAACAAGUUUGAAGCCAUUUGCAAAAGAAACUGACCUAAACAAGGAAAGAAUGCUUAUCAAAGUUUAGAUGACGGGAAACCUAGGAAGGGUGACAUUUAGGACCCAAGGAGAUCAAGUCAUAAGAAAAGGAGAUUGGCAACAGUAUUUAUCAGGAAGAUUGAGCAUAAUCAAGUACUGUGUACCUCAUUAAAAGUACUGAGUGUUAGGAGUCCAGAUAAUUCCAGAGUGGGCCCAGGUUAGGAUACUGCAGGUUUUCCUCCACCCCUGUCCCUCUCAGUGAUCCUGACCAAUGACAGUACUCUGUAAAAGGACAACCAAGGCCUACACUGCUUAGGGAAAGCAGUGACGUGGCUGAACAGGCUGGGCUCAGGACAGCACUUCAGCACGGUGUAGGCUUGUUCAACAAGUGCUGCUCCAGCCCACCAGCCAGGCCAGCUGCGCCCGAGUACGUAGUAAAAGAUGCAUUUCUGCCUCUUGUCAGUUUUAGUGAAUAUUUAGCUUCCGUCAGAUACAGAAGGCCAAUGCCUUAGGCUUUUCUCAAGAAGCUAGGCUAGGGCUCCAUGGUGGUGCCCACCCUAAAUCCUAGCACUUAUUGACAGGCAAAUCUCUGAGUCCAUGGUCAGCCUGGCCUACAUAGCAAGUUCUCGGCCCACAAGACCUUGUCUUGGAGUGGGGCAGGGGAAGCUGAUUAUGAGAUCGGAAAUCAAUAACAAAUGAGGCAAGUGCUAUAGGAAAAAUGAGUACUGUGUACUGUCACCUCCACCCCCAAAGAAAGACUGGGAUAGCAAUAAUUGAAGGUGAGUCACUGGCAUGAAGAAGAUGACCCUUCAGUAAAGCGUCUUGCUAAAAUGUGAGCGCUGAAAUGCUAGAGCUGUUGAACAGGUCUGUGAAUGACCUCACACCUGCUAACCUUGCAAAGCAGGUCCUUUUCCUUGACCCUUUUAUAGAUUGAGGAGAGCGGAUGCUGAAUGUUGCCUGCUAGUGUGAGUUACCAUCCAAAAUCCCGUACUUACGAUACUCUUACCUCUCCUGUGUAUUUGCCAGUCAGACAAAGUUGGUUACGGUAUUCUAGGGGGAUAGAAGGUGACAUACUGUGGAGGACAGUGGACAGAACUCACUAAAUUUCAAGCCAAGCAGGGCUACAUAGUGAGCCCCUGUCUUUAAAAAGAAAAAAAAAAAAAAUGGAUCCUGAAGCACAUAUAGCCCAGGGGUAGAGCAAUUAGCAUUCACGAGGCCCAGGGUUCUACUCUCCACAUCAGCAGCCCAGCUAGAGAAAAACAGUAAGGGGUUGUGAUUCCUGGAGUCUAGGCCAGAAAUAAAACUGUAAAGAUAAGUAGAGCCAAAUGGUAAAGGCUCCAACAAGGCCUGCUUCCUCUAGAGAAACUCCCCACCUAAGAGAAACUAAAAGUAGUUUGGAGCCUGAGCUGAAGUGGGAGGCGAGGGAAGGUAGGAAUGCCAUCUGGCAGCAGAUCUGGGUGAAGAGCUGCAGCGUGAGCGAGACCGUAACCCGGGGAGAAGAGAUGAGUCGGCAAGCCUCAUGAAGGCUCGGUGACCCCCUGGGAGAGUUUCCCCAAAAGGACAAGUGUCAACUGUGUCUUCUCAAUGUUACUGGGUCCUCUGCAUCAGAGGGGUCAAGCAUUCUGUUAGUCAUGGCCAAAGCCCCACUCACACAGACUGACACUAAAUCUCAGUGCUUUUCGAAGAUUCCAGCAGCAAGCAGCCGAAAGUACGUGUUAAUAAAAUUAUGAAAUCAG